AUGGAUCACCUGACUGCGCUCUUCCAAGAAAUGUGGCGUCAAGGUGCAGUCCCGCAAGAUUUCAAAGACGCAACCAUCGUGCAUCUCUACAAGCGCAAAGGGAAUCGCCAAGUCUGCGACAAUCACCGCGGCAUCUCCCUGCUGAACAUCGCCGGGAAGAUCUUCGCACGAAUCCUCCUCAACCGCCUCAAUAACCAUCUGAAACAGGGCCUUCUGCCGGAAAGCCAAUGCGGCUUCCGUCGUCAUCGUGGAACCACGGAUAUGAUCUUCGCCGCCCGUCAACUUCAGGAGAAGUGUCAGGAGAUGCGGACCCACCUGUACUCUACCUUCGUUGACCUGAUGAAAGCCUUCGACACGGUGAAUCGUGAAGGGCUGUGGAAGAUCAUGCAGAAAUUCGGCUGUCCGGAGCGAUUCACUCAGAUGGUGCGUCAGCUGCACGACGGUAUGAUGGCGCGAGUCACGGACAACGGAGCUGUCUCAGAGGCAUUCGCAGUGACCAAUGGAGUGAAGCAAGGCUGCGCACUGGCGCCUACCCUCUUCAGUCUUAUGUUCUCUGCCAUGCUGAUGGACGCCUACCGCGACGAACGCCCAGGGAUCCGCAUCGCCUACAGGACGGACGUUCACCUCCUUAAUCAACGGCGGAUGCACUUCAAAUCGCGCGUAUCCACAACCACCGUGCACGAACUCCUCUUCGCCGACGACUGCGCCCUGAACACCACCUCGGAAGAGGAGAUGCAACGCAGCAUGGACCUGUUCUCCGCCGCCUGCGAGAACUUCGGUCUGGUCAUCAAUACACAGAAGACGGUGGUGAUGCACCAACCGCCACCCAACUCAGCCACAGCCCCCAACGCGCCGCCGCAAAUCAGCGUGAAUGGGACCCAACUGCAAGUGGUGGGGAACUUCCCGUACCUGGGCAGUACUCUCUCCCGCAACACCAAGAUUGAUGACGAAGUCGUUAACAGGAUCUCGAAAGCCAGUCAAGCCUUCGGUCGCCUCCAAAGCACAGUUUGA